AUGAGCGGCGGCGAUGGGCGGGUUGGGCUGAGCGGCGCGGGGACAGCGGCGGAGCGGCGCGGGGAGCCGGGUCCCUGCGGGCCGAGGUGCCCGGGGCCGGUACCGCCCACGCAGGGAGCGGAGCGGGUGUGGAACCGGCUCCCCCAGGAAGGACCGGCGGGCACGGACGACACUCCCCAGCGCUAUGUCCGGAGCGAGGACAGCCCAGAGCGCUGGCCAGAGCGCCGGCCGCCGGUGGGCAGAGCCCGCCCCUCCGCGCCGCCAAUCGCGGUGCUCCAGCGCGGCGGAACGCGGAGCACGGUGGGGCGGCGGGAAGCGCAGACGGGAGGGUUGCCGGGGCAACGGGCGGCGCUGCGGCAGCGCGGACCGGAGCGGACUCAAUGUGCACCCGGUGUGCUCGGGAAAGGGGCUGGAAGUGGAGCUGGGGCAGCGGGAGCUCCACCACCGUCGGGGGCGGCUCCUCGCCACGUCCGGGUAGCUCCGUGCUGGCUGUGCUCUGAGCGGCUCCCAAGCCCGGCUCGCUGCCUUGGCAAAACACGGUGCUUCUCCUGUUCGCCCCUGCCAUGGAGAAGGGAACAGGCAGCUGCCGCUCGCCCGGUAAGGAGAGAAGCGGCCGGUGGCGUGCAAGCACCUUGCACCACAAAGAUCUGCCUGAGAAGCAAAGCGGCCAGUGAAGGGGAAGGCGGGGAGGUGACCGUGACACUGCCAGCGGGCUGAUCCCUAGCUUGCACUUUAUAGGAGCAUGUAAAAUCCUGGGUUUAUUUUCUAGAGGACCUUGGCAAGGUGGCUGGAGAGAGAUAUUUCAGGUGGAGGUCAAAUGAAAUUCAGUCCCUACACAAAGGGAGAACAAAUAACUUAAUGUUUGCCCUUCUGUCUGACCACGGUGUUCCUUGAGGUAUUAGAUACCGGCCAGGCCUCAGGCCUGUGCUCUUGGCACCGGCUGCAUUAGCAGUGGCUGCUUCUAAGUGCCAGUUUUAUUAAUUCAAGUAUUUUGCAAAGCAUUUGCUUUUAUAAAUAAAGACUUGGUGCUGCUGACUGAGAA